UCGCGGAUUGGUAGUUUCUACAUGUUAGGGCGGGACGAAUCGACAAGAGAUGUAUUCAUACGAAACAGUAUGGCAUAAUCAGCACAAGACAACUAGACUGGGAAGUUGCACUACAUUAUCAUAAACGUUUAAUUUCAGGGAAAUUGUGUAGUUAUAUACAGUGUAUAGACAUAAAAUCAACAUUCCAGGGCAUAGCGCCCCUAGUCCCAUGGUUAAAAUGGCUGCACCGAUUCAGGGGCGCGAGAUAGCCAUUGAAGAUUUUUGAUAACGCUCCACACCUUGUUUUUAAUUGCGUAGAUGCAAAGCAAGAAUGUCCGGAACGCCUUACAUUGGGAGUAAGAUAAGUCUAAUAUCUAAAGCCCAAAUUCGAUACGACGGCAUCCUAUUCUCUAUCGAUACAGUUAACUCGACGUUGGCUUUAGCAAAAGUUAAGUCGUAUGGAACAGAGCACCGACCAUCAAACAGACCUGUACUUCCAAAACAUUACACUUUUGAAUACAUAAUUUUUAGAGGACUUGACAUCAAGGAUAUUACUGUCUGUGAACCACCAAAAUCCCUCCAUUGUUUGCCUUAUGAUCCUGCCUUUUUGCAGUCAUCAAUUGGCAGCUCAUCUGCAACCUACCUGCCCCAAACACAUUACAAUGCACACAGCGGUGUGAUACCCAACUACAAUCAACUGGAUGUAAGCUCUCUAUUCAACCAGCAACAUGCUACAGCCUUGGCUCUCGGGUUGCAGGGUCUUUCACUCAGCGGUGGGGCAAUGGUAGAGCAUGCUGUCCAGACUGUACCAGUGGUCGAGGCUGCCCAGGAGAGGGGCCAGCCAGCCUCCAAGCAGCAGAGCAGAGAGUCCUCUCGCUCCCAGUCUCAGAGGAAGCCUGGCACUCGCAGCAAGAAAGAACCAGGACCGACUGCAUCCCAGAGGGGCAACAGUGAGAAUCGCACACCAAACCGACGUCAAGGCAAUCGCAGAAACUACGGAAGAGGUCAACAACUUGUUGAUCACUCAAAUACUACUACAUUACAUUUUGAGUCUGACUUUGAUUUUGACGCUGCUAAUGCCCAGUUCUGUAAAGAUGACCUUCCACAGAAGCUUGAGGAUCAAGUAAUCAUUAAAGAGGCAAAGGUGGACUUUGGAGUGGAGACUCCUACUAGUGGUGGCACGGCGGAGGAGGAUUCAGUUGAAGAGAAGUUACACUACAACAGAAACAAGUGCUUCUUUGAUGGUGUCUCAGCUGAUCUCAAGCCAAGACGGACAACCUGGGCAGAGGAGAAGAAGUUGAACAUGGAGACAUUUGGGGUGCCUGGACGUCUCCUGAGGGACAGGGGGUUCCGCCGGGGCAGUCGUGGCCGGAAAGGGCCGAGCAGGGCCCUCCAGCAGCCCAGACCCAAAGUGGGUCGUGGUAGUGUGAAGUCGAAAGGGUUAACACUUUGAAUGUUCUCAGGUGUUCUGUUCUCGAGUAAAAUUUAGUUGGUCAAUGCCAAACCUCUCAGUUCAAAGACCAAAAUAUUUUCAACGAAAAAUGGCAAAGUAUUUGCUAGACAGACAUGGCAACACAUCAACUGAUUUAUCUUCAAAAUAUGUACUGGAAUACAUCUUGAGUUUAUUAGUGUUUUGAAACAUCCUAUUUGGUUUAAGCAUUAGUAUUUAGAGGCAUCCAAAUUAAUAUCGGCCCACAGGUUAUAGAAUAAAUCUAAAGUACAGUUGAAUGAUGUAUUUGAUUUUUGUAAACACAAUUACAAAGGUUUUCAGGCCCUGUUAUGGCAUAUAUUAAAUACAUCAAUAUGUGCUAAAACGUUUUUUUUCUCUUUUGUAUUAUUGUUAAUGAAAAUAAUUGAAUCCAUGGGAAAGUGUAAUUGUGACUUAUCGUUUAUGAAUAAACAGUAAAAAAAUAUUGUUUGUAAGGAUGUUACUUCACAUGGGCACAUCAUUAUUUUAUUAAUUUAAAGAUU